AGGGCUAUGCUUGCGUGACGAAGACAAACACGCGUUUUUUUUUAAACGUGAAGAAGCCAGUUUUUUGGUUUUUAGUGACAAAAUGUUUGUAUACAAUCGAAAGUACACCAGUCUAUUACAAGAUAAACACUAGCUCUCAGUCAAGGACAUCGAAAGUGAGACGGCAUGCCAUAUUGUUUUAGAACUCACACGAAUAUCAAUUCAAAACAAAGAAAAUUUCGUUUUGAUGGCGAUGAAGUCUUCGAUUGAAGAGUUUGUAGUCGUUUUAGACGAUCCUGACCGUGUUUACUCGCCCGGACAACAUGUACACGGUAAAGUCAUCUUAAACUCAAAACAACCUGUGAAAAUCCAUAAGCUAUUCUUGGAGUGUAAUGGUGAAGCSUAUGUAUGCUGGCCGGAGGGUAGCGGUACUUACACUCGAUAUCGCUACAAUAAACAAGAAUAUUAUCAUCUAAAAUCCUGCUUGUACGAUCAAGAAUCUUCAAGUCAAGAUAUUUGCAGUAGCUAUGAAUUCUCAUUUCGAUUUACAAUACCUUACCARGACCUCCCCCCUUCGUACGAGUCUGCCCAUGGCUAUAUAAGAUACUCUAUUAGUGCUAAAAUACAAAAGAAAGGAAAAACUAAAUUCAAGACAGAAAAGACUUUGUUUAAUAUUGGUAACUAUCAAGAAUAUGAUAAAAAGGAACUUGAAGAAAUAAAAAAUAGCGAACAGACAGUACGGAAUGGUAAAGACCAAACAACAGUGCUUGGAAGAAGAUGCUAUCCUAUAGGAAUGGUAAACUUAUCGGCCUACACUGAUAAGAUACUUUACCAGGACGGGGAAACCAUUAAGACAGAGAUCCAUAUCGAUCGUCAACAAAAGAUCGAAAGAAUUGAUGUGGCGUUGGUUAGAGUGACCAAAUAUAGCGACAGCCAUGGUCAUUCAACAUGUUAUGCUGAUAAACUAGUGUGCAUAGAUAAAGAGCUAGUUCAAGACCCUUCAGAAGAUCCAACCAUCAAACUAAAACUACCAAUACCUCAUGACAUCUAUCCAACUUUGCAAUUUGGAUGCAAAUGCAUUUGUAUAUAUUACCACAUAGAGGUCCGUUUACGCCCCAAAAACAAACUAUGUAAAGAACCAUAUAUCAAAAUACCUAUUAUAAUAUCAACAACAACAGGGUCUGAAAUAGCUACGGAUCAAGCUAGCGUAAGUAAUAACUGCCUUGGGGCAUUAUUCUGCGUCACAGGACGACSCAUAGCAAGAACUGAGCCCCUUCCACAUAAUGUCCCAUAUCCUAGGAGGAGCACGAGCAGUGAUGUAGACUAUGAGGAUUAUGAUAUUAACAAAAGUUGGUCUAAAGUUUCUCUUGUAUGAGGUGGAGAACCGUACAAAGAUGUGGUGAAGAAUGAAUUAAUAGUUCUUUAUAUAAUACUAAUACAAUAUUUACAUCGACAAUCUUUUUAACAAAUAAUUGUCGUGAGAUAUCGAGACGUUGAGAUUGCGCAUGGAGACAAAGGCAUGGUGGAUAACCCUAUUUCAUGGUGGAUAACCCUAUUUUAUCAUUGUAACUAUACAUGUCACUAUAGUAAAUUUGUAAUUAAUAUUUUAAUAUCACAACUGAUUUGUAUACUGCUUUCAAAAAUUCUUAUAAUUAAUUCUUAACGAGUAUAAUAUUGAUAUGCAUUCUAUGUUUUACACACUAUGUAAUGUAACUGAACAGAGUUGGAGAACACGUGUAAUAUUGCCACAGCAACUAACAUGCUAAUUAUUUUUCCAAAUAUUGUGUAUAAAUAAUACUGAUAUCUUCUCUUUUAAUAAACUGUCGUAAUAUUAUGGAGUCUGAACAAAUAAAUGACGGAGAACAGUGA